CAUAUUUCUCUCGUUGUUGAUCACCGGUACCUCAGCUUUCGGAAAACAACGAUAGACUUUCUUCAUCUAAUCAGUAAUUAUAUUGGAGCGGACACUACUCAGACAUGAAGUGUAUUUGGAUUUCUUUUGUUGCUGUAGUGUGUCUCACCACUUUAGGCUCCACAGCACCUGCAAGUGUGUCUCUGAAGAAGAGAGAAGCCGAUGUCCCUUCCAUUGUUUCUCUGAAGAAGAGAGAAGCCGAUGUCCCAUCUAUUGUUUCUCUGAAAAAGAGGGAGGCCGAUGUCCCAUCUAUUGUUUCUCUGAAAAAGAGGGAGGCCGAUGUUCCAUCUAUUGUUUCUCUGAGGAAGAGGGAAGCCGAUGUCCCAUCUAUUGUUUCCCUGAAAAAGAGGGAGGCCGAUAUCCCAUCCAUUGUUUCUCUGAAGAAGAGAGAAGCCGAUGUCCCAUCCAUUGUUUCUCUGAAGAAGAGGGAGGCCGAUGCCCCAUCCAUUGUUUCUCUGAAGAAGAGAGAAGCCGAUGUCCCAUCUAUUGUUUCUCUGAAGAAGAGAGAAGCCGAUGUCCCAUCCAUUGUUUCUCUGAAGAAGAGAGAAGCCGAUGUCCCAUCUAUUGUUUCUCUGAAAAAGAGGGAGGCCGAUGUUCCAUCCAUUGUUUCUCUGAGGAAGAGGGAAGCCGAUGUCCCAUCCAUUGUUUCUCUGAAGAAGAGGGAGGCUGACGUCCCAUCUAUUGUUUCCCUGAAAAAGAGGGAGGCCGAUAUCCCAUCCAUUGUUUCUCUGAAGAAGAGAGAAGCCGAUGUCCCAUCCAUUGUUUCUCUAAAGAAGAGGGAGGCCGAUGCCCCAUCCAUUGUUUCUCUGAAGAAGAGAGAAGCCGAUGUCCCAUCUAUUGUUUCUCUGAAGAAGAGAGAGGCCGAUGCCCCAUCAAUUGUUUCUCUGAAGAAGAGGGAGGCCGAUGUCCCAUCUAUUGUUUCUCUGAAAAAGAGGGAAGCCGAUGUCCCAUCUAUUGUUUCUCUGAAGAAGAGGGAGGCCGAUGUUCCUUCCAUUGUUUCUCUGAAGAAGAGGGAGGCCGAUGUCCCAUCCAUUGUUUCUCUGAAGAAGAGGGAGGCCGAUGUCCCAUCCAUUGUUUCUCUGAAGAAGAGGGAGGCCGAUGUCCCAUCUAUUGUUUCUCUGAAGAAGAGGGAGGCUGAUGUCCCAUCCAUUGUUUCCCUGAAAAAGAGGGAGGUCGAUGUCCCAUCUAUUGUUUCUCUGAAGAAGAGGGAGGCCGAUGUCCCAUCCAUUAUUUCUCUGAAGAAAAGGGAGGCCGAUGUCCCAUCCAUUGUUUCUCUGAAGAAGAGGGAGGCCGAUGUCCCAUCCAUUAUUUCUCUGAAGAAGAGGGAAGCCGAUGUCCCAUCUAUUGUUUCUCUGAAAAAGAGGGAAGCCGAUGUCCCAUCCAUUGUUUCUCUGAGGAAGAGGGAGGCUGAUGUCCCAUCCAUUGUUUCUCUGAAGAAAAGGGAAGCCGAUGUUCCAUCCAUUGUUUCUCUGAAGAAGAGGGAAGCCGAUGCCCCAUCGAUUGUUUCACUGAAAAAGAGGGAGGCCGAUGUUCCCUCCAUUGUUUCUCUGAAGAAGAGGGAGGCCGAUGUCCCAUCCAUUGUUUCUCUGAGGAAGAGGGAGGCCGAUGUCCCAUCCAUUAUUUCUCUGAAGAAAAGGGAGGCCGAUGUCCCAUCCAUUAUUUCUCUGAAGAAAAGGGAGGCCGAUGUCCCAUCCAUUGUUUCUCUGAAGAAGAGGGAGGCCGAUGUCCCAUCUAUUGUUUCUCUGAAAAAGAGGGAAGCCGAUGUCCCAUCCAUUGUUUCUCUGAGGAAGAGGGAGGCCGAUGUCCCAUCCAUUGUUUCUCUGAGGAAGAGGGAGGCCGAUGUCCCAUCCAUUAUUUCUCUGAAGAAAAGGGAGGCCGAUGUCCCAUCCAUUAUUUCUCUGAAGAAAAGGGAAGCCGAUGUCCCAUCCAUUGUUUCUCUGAGGAAGAGGGAGGCCGAUGUCCCAUCCAUUGUUUCUCUGAGGAAGAGGGAGGCCGAUGUCCCAUCCAUUAUUUCUCUGAAGAAAAGGGAGGCCGAUGUCCCAUCCAUUAUUUCUCUGAAGAAAAGGGAAGCCGAUGUUCCCUCCAUUGUUUCUCUGAAGAAGAGGGAGGCCGAUGUCCCAUCCAUUGUUUCUCUGAAGAAGAGGGAGGCCGAUGUCCCAUCCAUUGUUUCUCUGAAGAAGAGGGAGGCCGAUGUCCCAUCCAUUGUUUCUCUGAAGAAGAGGGAGGCCGAUGUCCCAUCCAUUGUUUCUCUGAAGAAGAGGGAGGCCGAUGUUCCAUCCAUUGUUUCUCUGAAGAAGAGGGAGGCCGAUGUCCCAUCUAUUGUUUCUCUGAAGAAGAGGGAGGCCGAUGUCCCAUCUAUUGUUUCUCUGAAGAAGAGGGAGGCCGAUGUCCCAUCUAUUGUUUCUCUGAAGAAGAGGGAGGCCGAUGUCCCAUCCAUUGUUUCUCUGAAGAAGAGGGAAGCCGAUGUCCCCUCCAUUGUUUCUCUGAAGAAGAGGGAGGCCGAUGCCCCAUCCAUUGUUUCUCUGAAGAAGAGGGAAGCCGAUGUCCCAUCUAUUGUUUCUCUGAAGAAGAGGGAGGCCGAUGUCCCAUCCAUUGUUUCUCUGAAGAAGAGGGAGGCCGAUGUCCCAUCCAUUGUUUCUCUGAAGAAGAGAGAGGCCGAUGCCCCAUCUAUUGUUUCUCUGAAAAAGAGGGAGGCUGAUGUCCCAUCCAUUGUUUCUCUGAAGAAGAGGGAAGCCGAUGUCCCAUCCAUUGUUUCUCUGAAGAAGAGGGAGGCCGAUGUCCCAUCCAUUGUUUCUCUUAAGAAGAGGGAGGCCGAUGUCCCAUCCAUUGUUUCUCUUAAGAAGAGGGAAGCCCAACCAUCAAUAGAUGUGUCCUUGUAGAUGGUUUAAUGUGAGUUGUGUGUAAAAGGUAUAUGUUACGGAUGAAACGAGUAAUGAUUAUUUAUAAUAUGUGCACUUGUAUGAAUAGACAAAGUCACAUGCUAGUACAAUGCCAUUUUGCGUUGUUCUAGGCAUUUGAGCUUUGAAGCCCAAUGGGAAUGAUGUUGCAUGUGUUAUAGUUAAAAAGAGACUCUUUGGUGGAAAAACUGAAAACUAAAAAAAUCAAUCCAUUCAUUGUAUAUAUGAUCCAAGCUUUCCCGUUAGAAUCAGGAUUAUGUUAGAUGUCUUAGCACCAUUUGUCAAGUACACUCUCUUCCAACACUUAUACUUAUAAAGACUAGGUAAACAUAAUGAUUAUUUACAUUAUUAUUAAACUCAUAAGUGCAAUUUUAGUUAUUUUCCACGACUCUGAUCAGUAUUCGGAAUAAUCAGGCUAGUGUCACUGUUCAUGUAACAAACAGUGUACACGUGUUUAUGUCAUUUCGGGAAUUGUUAAUCUCGUUUAAUGAUUGGGUAAUAUACUGAUUAGUCUACUAUGGAAUAACGUAUACCAAAGAUAUAUUUAGUAAUGUUUUAGAUACUGAUUAGUCUGCUAUGGAAUAACGUAUACCAAAGAUAAAUGUAGUAAUGUUUUAGAUACUGAUUAGUCUGCUAUUGAAUAACGUAUACCAAAGAUAUAUGUAGUAAUGUUUUAGAUACUGAUUAGUCUGCUAUGGAAAAACGUAUACCAAAGAUAUAUGUAGUAAUGUUUAAGAUACUGAUUAGUUAAGCAUUGAUAUCAUUUUUUUUAGUUUCAUCGGGGUUCGUCACAAAUUUUGUUUGCAAACUGUAUGAAUCCGCGUAGCGGAUUCUUACAGAAGUUUGCAAACAAAAUUUGUUUCAUACCCCGAUGAAACUAAAACAUAAUUGACAUCAACGCUUAUAAUUAAUUUUUGAAAAUGAUUUUCUAAUUUAAAACAUGUUUUAUGUACAAUUUUACUUGUUUUAAAUGGGAUUCUUUUUCCCAAAUCAAUACGCAACGUCAAUUGUCGUAUUGUGACGUCACAUUUUUCGCGCCAUUCUCGGAAUUUCUUUCAUAGAAGAAUGAAAAGAAUUUUUCGACCAAUCACAUUUGAGUAUUUACCAUGAAAACAAAGAAAAAAUAAUUAUUCUACUAUGGAAUAACGUAAACCAAAGAUAUAUGUUGUAAUGUUUUAGAUACUGAUCCUAUAAGAGGUCUGUGAUAUGUUUUAUGACAAACUUUAGGUUUGUAUAUUAUAUAAUUUCGUUAAUAUGUCUCAUCAAACAUAUGUUCAUAAAGAAAUGAAUCAUGAUGUUCCUAGCAUGGCAUUCUCGAAUAUCACCAUUCUCGAAUAUGCUAAAGAUUGUUAAAACAUUAUCUAUUUGUUGAAUAAAAAUACAAUUGAAA